AUGCCAGCACCCACUGCACUCCAGAGAGUUCCCGAGGCCCUUGCACUCGACCAAGCAGAACAAAUACCAUUACCAACCACAGGUGAUGAUGACCUCGAUCUCGACAUAGAUACCAACACACCUGCGCCCCUGUCAUCUUUCACACCCUCCACGCCUACACAAACAGAUGAUACCUCAAUGCAAAUAGAAGACGAAGAAGGCCGACCACGGUUCGCGGCGACAACGACCACCAUCUCCCCCACCACUGCGCUCAAGGUUCAGACCCGAAAGGUGCCAGUUCCUCCACAUCGGAUGACACCACUGAAGAAUUCAUGGCCUAAGAUCUACCCUCCGCUCGUCGAGCAUUUGAAACUACAAGUGCGCAUGAAUGUAAAGUCAAGAGCAGUCGAGCUCCGCACAUCACGAUAUACGACCGACGCUGGCGCGUUGCAGAAGGGCGAGGACUUCAUCAAGGCGUUCACGCUGGGCUUUGAUGUCGACGACGCCAUUGCCCUACUGCGGUUGGAUGAUUUGUACAUCGAGACAUUCGAGAUUAAGGAUGUCAAGACAUUGCAAGGUGAGCAUUUGGGCAGAGCGAUUGGGCGGAUAGCGGGCAAAGACGGGAAGACCAAAUUUGCCAUCGAGAACACGAGCAAGACGAGAGUUGUGUUGGCGGAUAGUAAAAUCCAUAUCCUCGGUGGAUUCAGCAAUAUCAGGAUCGCAAGGGAGGCUGUGGUGAGUCUGAUUCUAGGCGCGCCACCAGGCAAGGUGUAUGGCAAUCUGCGGACUGUGGCAGGAAGGAUGAAGGAGAGAUUUUGA